AUGAGUGUUUCCUUUUCAUGCUCUUGCCGAGACAUUAUUUCUCAUCCCUACAGUUUUGUGAAAGCCCACCAGAAGUACUGGUUCCUGUGCCAGUACUUCUAUAUUUCCCAACUCCAUUUCCCUAAGGGAUUCUGGAUUUUAGACCACUCUUGGGAAAAACUGCAAGAAUCAUCCAUACUCAGUCUUGAGAGCGGACAGUGGGGCGCCAGCGCUGAGCAGCACACACUUACCAUCCAGGUGUGCAGCUGUGACGACGACGGCCAUGUCAUGUCCUGCAGCCCUGAGGCCUACCUGCUCCCAGUCAUUGUGACCCGUGAUGGCCUCAUUGCCAUCGUGGCCUAUAUCUAUGUUCUCUUAGUUCUGGUGCUGCCCAUUCUGUCCAUGAGGCGGCACCGGAAACAGCUGUACACCAUCGACGAUGAAGAGAUCAUCAUCAGCUAUGACGACGAGGGCAGCAGCGAGGACACCAAUGCCUUCAACAUCCCGGCCACAUGGAACCCAGCUCCCUCCAGAUACCUGUUCAAGACAGACAGCUCCGUGGCGGGGCCACUAAGCUCCCUGCAGUCUGCCACAUCAGACUCCGCGCACAGCCUCGACUUCCUGACGGACUGGGGACCCCGCUUCCGGAAGCUGGUGGAGCCGUACGGAGCAUUGGACGGUCUCGCCCCUGUGGUGACGGAAGCCUGGAGGCAGGCCUGCGACCAAAUGCAGACGUUCCCGGCAGAUGCCACGCAGACGAGGUGCGGCCGAUCACAUGAGCAAUACUGUGCUAAAGAGUGAGGAUGGGCGUGAGUGGGCGAGCAGAGCUGUCUCUGGAUCAGCUUUACUUGGUUAGGUCACGCUAGGUAAUCGAAAGGAAACCCAGGAAGAGGGAAUAAUCUCCAACUGCCAGUUUUUUUUUAAAAUUUUUUUUGAUAUUGUAAUUCAGAAGCUUAGGGUCCACGGUGUUAGGGCAGGCUUGGCCUUUCUUUGCUGUUCUUCAAGGUUUCUCACUUUAUCACCACGAAGAGGCUCUCGUCUUAAACGCAGAGUUGGUAACUGAACGCAGAUGGAAAGUUCUACUUUCAUAUCUAUUUUUUAAUCUUAUUUUAUUUUCCUAAAUGGAAAGUUUUGCUGGAUCAUCAAAACACAAAAACCAACCCACGCAAAAGAAGCAGAAAAAUGGUUCCUGACUGAAAUUAACCUAUUUGUCUGGGAUGGAUGGAAUUUCUUUUAACUCUUUUUGAGAUAAGGCGAAACUGAAUCAUCUUUGCAUGGGAAAGAGGGGGGGGGGGGAGACAUUGACUUUGUGCUCCAGUACAAUGGCUGGACCAAGAGUUGCUUUACAGCUAAUCCACCACCACCAAUGUGGCCUGCUCAUGAGCUCCUCCCAGCUCUUUAACUGUACCCUUGCAAAAUUGUUCAGAAUGAAACCAGAAAGCCUGCCUCUUUUGCACUUGUAGAUGCCUUUUCCAUGUGCCAAAUGUGGAGAUUAGAUGCUACAAACGACAAGUAAAAAGAAGUAUCUGAUCAAAGCAGGGGUAACAGGGAUAUCCUAAUCUGUGUGAGGUCAAUCCAAGGAUGUUUACAUACUGUAGAUAACCUACUUGAACAAAAAUCAAUAUUAUAGAGAAUAAAUGUAUGCAAGGAAAAUGCAUAUAUAUAAGUUUUAUAUUUUUGUUAAUAAUUUUGGUAAUAAACAUGAUGUACUGCAUGUCCACACCUUAGUGCUUCUUUUAAUAAAGGUUAAAUAGAAGGGGAAAAAAAUAAAGGUUUUGAAAACAAAAGUUAAAUGAGGUCAUAAGGGCAAGGCCCCAAUCUGAUGUAAUUGAUGUCUUUAAAAAAGAGGAAGAGAGGGGUCAGCAUUGUGGUACAGCAAGUUAGGCCAAUACUUGCAACAGUGACGUCCCCUAUCAGAGUGCCAGUUCAUGUCUUGAGUGCUCCACUUCUGAUCCAGCUUCCUGUUAACAAGCCUGAGAAGGCAGCCAGUGAUGGCUCAGGUGCUUGGGUCCCUGCCACUCAUGUAGGAGACCUAGAUGGAGUUCUGGGCUCUUGGCUUCCACAUGGUCCAGCCGUGACUGUUGCAGUCAUUUGGUGAGUGAAUCAGUGGAUGGAAAAUCUCUCUCUCUCUGUUGCUCUUUCUUUAAAAAAAAAAAAAGGGGGGGGGGUUUAUUUACUUAUUUGAGAGGUAGAGUUACAGACAGUGAGAGGGAGAGACAGAGAGAAAGGUCUUCCUUCCGUUGGUUCACUCCCCAGUGGCCACAACAGCCGGAGCUAUGCUGAUCCGAAGCCAGGAGCCAGGUGCUUCUUCCUGGUCUCCCACGUGGGUGCAGGGGCCCAAGGACUUGGGCCAUCUUAUACUGCUUUCCUAUGCCACAGUAGAGAGCUGGACUGGAAGAAGAGUAGCCGGGACUAGAACCGGCACCCAUAUGGGAUGCCGGCACUGCAGGCGGAGGAUUAACCUACUGCGUCACAGCACUGGCCCCUCUGUUGCUCUUUCAAAUGAACAAAUAAAUAAAUAAAUCUUUUUUAAAAAUGGAGGAAGAGAGCCCUUCCCCCCACCAUCCUCCUCUAUACUGUGCAUGUGAGGAUGCAAUGAGAAAGUGGUUGUCUGAAAGCCAAGAAAAAUGCUUUCAGCAAAAAUUGCACUCUGCUGGACCUUGAUCUAGCACUUCUAGCCUUUAUAACUGAGAAAAUAAAUUCUGUUUUUUAAGCAACCCAGUAUGAGCUCAUUUGUUACAGCAGGCCCAGCCAAGUAAGAUACUAGGCAAAUGGAUAAAUUGUGAGACAUCCAGAAAAUAGAACUUUAUUGAGUGCUAAAAAUAAACAAGCUAUGAAGCCAUGAGAAGAUGUGCAUGAAACUUAAAUAAAUUUUACUAAAUGAAAGGAGCCAAUCUGAAAAGCCAACUGUAUGACAUUUUGGAAAAAGGAAAACUGUGGAGACCAUAAAAUCAUCAGUGGUUGCCACAGAUUAGGGAGAAGAGCAAGAUGACAAUGUGGAGCACAGAGGGGUUUUAGGGCAGUGAAACCAUUCCAUAUGACACUGUAAUGGUGGAUACAUGGCACUAUACAUUUGUCAAAACAGAUAGAAUGUAUAACACCAAGAGUGGCCUUAAUGUAAUCUAUGGAUUUGGAAUGAUAAUUAUGUGUCAGCGUAGGUUCAUCAACUUUAGCAAACAUACCACGAUGCUGUGGGACGCUGAAGUCAGGGGAGACCACGUGUGCGAAGAGUGGAAGGGACAGGGAACUCUGUACUUCCUGCUCAGUUUUUAUAUGUUCUCAAAAGAAAAGCCUGUUUAUUUAAAAGAAAAAUAAGAAAUGGAUGUUUAGCACAGUGAUUAAAGAUGCCACUGAGAAUGCCUGCUUCUGAUUUUGGAGUGCCUGGCUUGAGUCCCAGCUCUUCCACUUCUUAGUCAGUUUCCUUCUAAAGUGCACUCUGGGAGUAAGCAAUGAUAACUCAAGUACUUCCAUCCACACAGAAGGCUCAGACUGAGCUCCAGACCCUUGACUUCAGCCUGGAUCAGCUGUUGCUAUUGUGGGCAUUUGGGGAGUGAACCAGGAAACGAAAGCUCGCUCUCUCUGUCUCUCCUCUCUCUCUCUCUCUCCAAUAAAAUGAAGAUGAAUUUAAAAAAAUUUUAAAAUGACAUCAUGAUAUUUUUAAAAAGAAAGAAAGAAGUGUAGCAAAUUAGGCUGCCACUAAGGAUACCUGCAUCCCAUAUCAGAGAGCUUGGACUGAGUCCCAACUAUUUCACUUCUGAUCCAACUUCUUGUUAAUGCAUGUGAGACACAGUGGAUGAUGGCUCAAGUGCUUGAGGCCUGCAAACCUACAUGGGAAACCUGGAUGGAGUUCGUGAUUCCUGACUUCAGCCUGGUCCAGCCUUGGUUAUUAUGGCCAUUUGGGGAGUGAACCAACAGGUGGAACUUACCCCCAACCCUGAUCUCUUACUCCUUCUCUCUCAGUAACUCUGCCUUUCAAAUAAAUAAAUCUUUAAUGAGACAGAAAAAUAAAUAAAUUUUAGUUUUCAUCCCCAAAAUGAGGUUAAAUAUUAAACAGACACCAAUAUAUAGUUAAAAAGACAACAGAGCAGAAAAAUAGUUGGAGUAUUGAAAAUAUUCAAGAUGGCAGGAAAGAGAAAUAAAAAUAAACAGAUGUAAUUUGUUUCUUUUCAUUUGCAUUUGUUUUAUGCAUAAUUUAUUCCCAAGUCAUAAAUGUUGGUUACUUCAGUUUCUUCUGGGAUAUCAUUUUCAUCUGAGCCCCUUCCUCUUCUGGCUUAGAAAAGUUUGUUCCUUUUCAGUAAGGAUCAUCUCACUGUGGCAGGGAGAGCUCAUGUAUGGGUUAAUCCACCAUGAGCACUGUAGGUACCAUGAAACUGAAGAAAGAGGACAAAUCCAAGACUACAGAGAAUGUAAUUUAUUGAUAGGACUUAUGGACAGACACAUAGUCUCAGACAGUAAAAAGAAACUGGAUCCUUCCACACUAGUAAGUAGUAAGGGGUUUAUAUUUUAGACAAAAGUGGCCCCCAGCUAUCCUAAGUGCACCUGGACUUUCUCAAGCAAUAUUAACAAUCCAAGUGUUAGAUGAAAGACAUUCGAGGGUCUAGUCUGUCAAUAAAUAUCCAAGAGGUUAUCUUGAGAGAUAACCUGUUCAGGAACAGGUCUUCUUAAACAUUUGCAGGGGAGGGGAUGGGCAGGGAAAAAGGAGCAAAUCCCAUUAGGGUGGGAGUGGGGGUGGAACUGACAUGGUGGUUGGGCCAUAGGGUCACCUGGCUUCCAGCCAUGGCGGUGGG